CCUCUCUCCAGCUGGAAUUUCCUAGAAAAUAACAAUAAUCGCUGGAAAAGCCCAGGUGUCCUGGCUGAGACUCCGAAACCUCGCUCGUUCCACCGAGGAAAAGCCGGGAGGGAGAGACGCCGCAUCCCGCGGGGAGGGAGCAGCUCCCCGGAGGGUCUGUGCUGCCCCGGCCCCUCCCGGGGUUUUCCAGCUGCCUCCCAGGACCCCGGGCUGCUUCCUGCAGGGAUUCGCUUCCAUGAAAAGUCUGAACCCCCUCCGAGCGCCGGCGGCGCCUCUCUGCCCUGGGGAGCUGGGAUUAGGGCAGGAAAUGAGGCACAAGCAGAGCCCUCAGAGCCCGUCCUGGUGCUCCGCCGUCGGCACAACCCAGCGUGGGCUGCUGGGAAUCCAAUCCCACGGAGAAAAAUCUCCUCUGCUCACCCCCAUUCCCGUCUCCAGAGACCUCCUCCCUCCACCCCAGAGCCCUCCCUCUGCUCCUUCCCUGGGUUUUCACCCCAAACCUGCAGAAUUCACCCCCCAGCUCUGGCUCUGUGUCCCUGCCGAGCUCGGGGGGUUUCGGGAUCAUCCCAAUCCCGCCGGGAUCCUCCUCCAGGAGGGGGGAAAGGGGCCCCACGCCGGCACCGGGGGCAGCAGAGCCCGGGCUGGGAAAGCGGGAUUUGGGUCAUUUUUGGGUCCUUUUCCCGCCCCGUCCCGGGAUAAAUCCCGCGUGGUUGCAGCAUCCUCGCUGCUGGGGAGGAAUCGGAAUCCACCCCUGGAUGGGGAGGAGGUGAUCCCAGGAUCCCAGAUUUUGAGGGUGCAGUGAUUUCUUUCCCAAGAGCUGACGAGGCAGCGCGGGAGGAGGAAGGGGCCGGCUCAGGUGUGGCUUUAGGACCCAGCGGAUCCCCCGUGCUGGAGACUCCUCCGGCUGCAUCCCGGCCGCUCUCCCGCCCUUUCCCGUCAUUCCAGCAGGAUGAGAGCAGCGCAGCUCCUGGUGCUGUGUCUGCCAGUGCUCCUGGUGCAGGGACAGUUCAGCAGGUUCGAGGGCAUCACCUACCCCGAGCCAGUCCAGUACUCCCAGUACGACCAGCAGGCAGAAAUUCAGGAUUACUACGACUACCAUGAUGUCACCCCCCGAGCCCCGGAGGAGCAGUUCCGGUACCAAUCCCAGCAGCAAUCCCAGCAGGAAACCGUGCCGGCCCCGACCCCAGCUGCGGUGCCCGAGACGGAGCCCACGGAGCCGGGACCGCUCGACUGCCGGGAGGAGCAGUACCCCUGCACCCGGCUCUACUCCGUGCACAAGCCCUGCAAGCAGUGCCUGAACGAGAUCUGCUUCUACAGCCUCCGCCGGGUGUACGUCAUCAACAAGGAGAUCUGCGUCCGCACCGUGUGCGCCCACGAGGAGCUGCUGCGAGCCGACCUGUGCCGGGACAAGUUCUCCAAGUGCGGGGUGAUGGCCACGAGCGGCCUGUGCCAGACCGUGGGCGCGUCCUGCGCCCGCAGCUGCGGCGGCUGCUGAGCCCCGGCCCCGCUGCGCGCCCGCCCCGCGCCGCUGCGGCUCCCGUGCAUGAACGAGCAGCCCCCGAACCCCCGGGAUUCCUCUUUUCUUUGUGCACAUAAUAAUUAAAUCGGGGGGGU